GGAGCUGAGCGCCUGUGGCUGAAGAGGAGCGAGUUUUAACUCCUGUUCUCUGCUGAUGAUUUGCUCUCUAGAUGGCAGCCAUUCAGAUGACCACGCAGACAAAGCUGUCAAAGAGCAGAGAGUCUCUGCCUUACAGCCACAAACUUGUCCUGACGGAGGACAAGUCAAGAAGGGUGACUCCAUCUGUUUACUCCCAGGAAAUGUUACAGUCCACCGAGGAGCGCCUGGCAAACACCAAGGAGAUGCACCCGCCCCGGAUCCUGGAGCUGCUCGACAUGAGCAAGACGACACAUCACAAAUUGUCCUUGGUGGACGUAGACCAGGCACUUUUCCAGCCCUGCCCAUCCGAGCUGUGCUUCCAGAACUUCUCUCCUGCACAGACCUACAAGCUGCCGCUAAUCCUCUUCAACAUGGACAAGGUUUCUCGACAAGUGAAGCUGGAGCUGGAGAUCUCAGAGUAUUUCCAUGUGGGCGGCUCAAAGGAUUCAGUUAGCAAGGUUGCACCAGGAAUGUCUACGACUUUCACUGUAUGCUUCACCCCGCAGGAGAACAAGGACUACCACCACAGGCUGGUUUUCGUGACCGAGAGGGAGCGGUUCGAGGUGCCAGUCCGUGCCAUCGGGCCACGGGCCAUCCUUGACUUCCGAGAUGAGCUCCAUCUACCGCUCUGUCCCGUGAAAGCCUCCACAGAGAGGACUCAGCUAGUCCGCAACAUAGGAAACCGCAUGGCUAAGUUCAAGCUGCACACACAAAGGCCUUUCUCGGUGACGCCCUCCUCUGGGACUCUUGAUAUAGGCGAGAGCAUGCAGGUGACGGUGAAUUUCCACCCAGUGACCACAGGAGACCACAGCCAGGACCUGCACCUGCACUACCACACUGGUGAGGACGUGUGCAUCAGCCUGUACGGAGCUUGUGAGGAGAUGAACUUGAAUCUAAAUCCAGACUCUAUCGUGUUGACCAACACUUACAUCUCCAUGGCCAACGUAAACAACGUGUCUCUCACCAACACCAGUGACAUCCCCAUUCGCUACUGCUGGUCAGUGUGGCCCAGCCAGGAAGAGGAGGACCUGUGCUUAUUGAGGGAGAGCUCAGUGCUCCAGCAGAAGGAGGAGGAGGAAAAGGAGCGGUUGCUUCUUCAGUGUGAGUCUGACCCUACGGCCAUCCACCCCCUGCUGGCCAGAGCUGUGCAGGAAUGUAGGAGCCAGGAUGCAAAGGAGCACCUCCUGGCCCUGUCACACAGCUGCAUUACCGUGGAUCCAAUGGAAGGUGAAAUAUGGCCCAACGUCACUGCACAGUUCAACAUCGUCUUCAAGCCGGAGGAGUCCAAGCUCUACCAACAGACCAUAUACUGUGAUGUCACAGGUCGUGAAUCUCGGUUACCUCUCAUAAUCCAGGCUGAGGGCAUGGGACCGAAACUCCACCUCAACUACAACCUGUUGGAUAUGAAAAAUGUUUUCAUCAGCAGCAAAAACAGUUUUGAGGUACUGGUGUCCAACAAGGGGCUGAUUGAUGCCCCCUUCCAGCUGUCGUGUCCCGACACCACUUUGGGCCGCUGUUUCUCCUUCAGUCCCGAGGAAGGUGUCAUUCCCUCUGGGGGCUGCCAGAUUGUGGAGGUCACCUUCCACAGUCGCAUCCUGGGAACCUUCUCUGAGGACUUGCUGCUGGCUGUCACAGGGCAGCCCAAACCACUUACCUUGACCUUCAGGGGCUGCGUCGUUGGUCCCACAUUCCACUUCAAUGUCUCAGAGCUCAAUUUUGGAGACGUGGCCUUCGGCUUCCCACUUACAGCGGUUUGCACCCUCUUCAAUACCUCUCUGGUGCCGAUGACCUUUGCCCUCCGUGUCCUUGGAGAUGGGCUGGGAUCGCCGAGUGUUAAUGGUUCCCAACAGGUAUCUGAGAUGUCCAGAAACAAUUGGCGAAGCAGCGCUGCCAGAGACAUUCAUGCACGGCCUGUGGAGUUCACCGUCAACCCUGCUGUCGGCUCUGUCCGUGCCUUGUCCGAUGUGACCAUAAAGGUGACGCUGUGCUCCAACACGGCCGGGAGCUACAGGCUGGCGCUGGUGGUGGAUGUCGAAGGUGUCGGGGAGGAGAUCAUGACUCUGCCCAUCAAUGCCAGAUGUGUUGUGCCUGAGAUUGUGCUGGAGACCCCGGUGUUGGACUUUCAGAGAUGUUUCCUCAAUUACUCCUAUGAACAGCAAGUGCGGCUCAGCAACCCCAGCACUCUGCCUGUCUGCUACGGGCUGCUCGACCAGGAAUAUGAGGAGAAUCCAUCACAGCUUUUUGGCAGUUCUCGACCCAGAGGAGUGAUUUUCCCUCACACCUCAGAGACGGUUCCCGUGUUCCUGCUGACUAAGGCUGUUGGAAGGCUGCAGCACAGUCUACUUAUAGCUGUGUAUGGCAGUGCUCAUCCACCCCUGGAGGUGGUCUUGUCGAGUAUUGGACAGGGUCCAGUUGUUCAUGUUCAGAACCCACAGCUGGACUUUGGCAAAAUCCCAGUUCUGACGGACGUCACCAGGACCCUCCACCUGUCGAACCAGUCCCCUACUCCAGCCAACUUCACGGCUCGCAUGAGCCGUGGGAAGUCCUUCUGGCGUGUGGAGCCCAGCGAAGGUGAAGUACCACCUAACAGCCAGCUGGAGCUUUGCGUAGUUGCACACCUGAGGGACACAAUCGAGUUCCAGGACAGAAUGGAAGUGUCCAUCCAGCACGGUCAAACGCUCAAGGUCCCUCUGUCUGCCACAGGCACCGGCACCACAAUUGUCAGUGACAGGCCUUUUGCCCCAAUCCUUGACUUAGGGACACGCUUCAGCCAUGAGCCAUGCCAGUACCACUUCAAGCUGACCAACCAAGGCCAACGGGUUCACCGGAUGUACUGGGGGACUGAUGGCAACCCGCCCCAGACGAAAACCCGCAGGUGGAACAACUUGUCUGGUCGACCCGUCCUGCCCCCCAUCUCGGACCCCAAGAAGAAGGAUGUCCAGAAGCGUGGAUCUCUACUCUCCUGUCACAGAGACAAGCCAGUGUUCAGCCUCAUGCCUUCUCGGGUGGAGCUUUUCCCAGGCUGCUCGGCUGAUAUGGUGCUGACGGGAUCCUCAGACUCAAACAAGGUUGUACAGGAGCGUCUGCUGUGCAAAGCCAUCGUGGGUCAGCAGGGUUCUUACGAGCUGCUCAUGUCUGUAGAUGUCACCUGUCGCUUUGUUGCUCCGGUGCUCGGCUUCUCCUCCAAGCAGCUGAACUUCUACAUCGAGAAGGUUCCAGGAAACGACCUAAGGCCCCUGUAUGAGAAACUGGUCUUGAAGAACGUGUCGUCUCUGAAUCUGUCCAUGAAGCUCUCUCUUGUGGCUCCAUUCUCUCUGUGUGACGCCCCCGGAGCACAUAGCUCAGCUUCCACUAAGUCCAUGGUCUUAGGUGACGGGAAACAGGCUGACCUGUGGGUGUCCUUCCAUCCAGAUUGCUGUCAAGAUCGGGUGUCACGAGUCGUGGAGGAGUUCCUUGAGGUGCAGUACGAGGGACACCCACAGCAGGACCUGGUGGAGCUGCACGCUGAAGUCCACUUCCCCAACCUGCACUUCUCCUCCACCACAGUGGACUUUGGCUGCGUGCUCAACCACUCAGAGACUCAAAGAAGAAUCACAAUCACCAACUGCUCCAAGCUGCCUGUGUCCUACCGCUGGGCCUUCCUGGAGAACCAGAAUCACUGCACCCUCAGAGAGAUGCCAGAAGAAGAGAAUGUGACUGAAGAUGGGGGAACACAUCCUCCUCCCUCUUUAGUUCCCCUGAACCCCAGGACUGGUGUGGAUGAGCAGAACAGGACUCACAGCCCUGUGCUGGUGGAACAGGUUUUUGACGUCUUGCCGGUGCACGGUCGCCUGCAGCCUGGAGACCAGCAGCUCGUGGAAUGGUCUUUCUAUGGCCACACACACAUCAGCAGAGAGGUGACAGCCCUGUGCCACGUGGAGGAGGGGCCGGCAUAUGAAAUCAAACUCAGAGGAGAAGCGUCAGUAAUCAGCUACAGCCUUGACUUCACCCACGUCAACUUGGGUGUGCAGCUUUUUGAUCACGUAGGGGAAGCUGAGGUGACCCUUCGGAAUACUGGCAAGGUGGGCUUCGAAUUCAACAUCACACACCCACAAAAGGAGGAGGAGCAGGAGGAGGAGACAGCAGGACCGCGGAAGGCCCCAGGAGAGGAGGAGCAACAACAAGAUGCAAAAGACAAUGGAGAAAAUGAAGAGCUGCAGAAAGUCAGACCUGGUCAGCCCAUGGUCGUCCCAGCCUUGGGUCACGUCGAUGCUGGCGCCGAGCAGCGCCUGCGUGUGCUCUACCUCCCCGGCGCCCCGGAGGUUUUUGAGAAGCGGCUCCAGCUGAACGUGGCGUUCCUUCCAGCUCAGGACAUCACCGUGACUGGAGAGGGAGUGUUCCCAAGGAUCAGCCUGGACUUACCUCGAAACCUGUCAGACGAGUGCUACAGGGACGUGGUGCAACAGGCCCGAACAACUGUGGAGGCGAAUGGGGUCUCGGCAAAUGGUGAAGGAUCGGCCAGUAACUUCGAUGUUUCCCUUCUUCUGUCUCCCUCCUUCACUCUUGUCCAGUAUGAAGAGCUGCUUCACCUGGAGGUCGAGAGAGCACUGGUCAAAGGAAACGCUGUCGCCGCGACUGCCAGCUUCCUGGAGCUCAGGUGCUCGGAGAGCUCCUUUAGGAAGUGUCACAAACUUAGCAAGUUCCUGCUGCCAGAGUACCUUCUGGAUUUUGGUCACGUGAUUCCCAGGAAAGUCCUCAGUCACAUUGUGAAUGUCACCAACGCUGGAUCAGUGCCUGUGUCGUUCCAGGCCAAUCACAAACCGCUCGCUGACACAGGUUUCAGUGCUGAGUUUGAACGGGUGAAGAAUCUGCCCUGUGCUGAGACUCAGACCUUCACAGUUAAAUUUGAUCCUCGAGGAGCCAAACAGCAGCUGGGACACAUCAGGGUUGUCAUGCCGAUCCAGGUUGCAGGAGGUCCGAUGGUGCAGGUGCGGCUGAGUGCAGUGGUGAACGUGCCGGGAGUUACUGUUUCCACGGAUUCACUCCAGUUCGACACUUUACAGUGUGGCAUGUGUCAGAUCAAGACAAUACAGCUGGUUAAUCCUGAGUCUGUGCCCUGCGACUGGAGCGUGGCUGAGCACGUGAAGCCUUUUCCAAAGGUUGACAAGUUCCUGCCUCUUCAUGUGCGUAAGAAAGUCUGGCAGGCGCAGCGACCACCUCCGCCGGUGUUUGAGAUGAUUCCCUCCUCCGGCGUGCUGGCCCCUGGUAAACGAGUCAACGUCCAGAUAAAGUUCAGGCCUACUGAAAGGCAUGCGUACCACCGGCAGCUAGUGGUCCGCGUGGCUGAGAACACGGAGCCGGUGUUCAUCGCAGCCCAGGGUCAGGCUGAGGAGCCACAACUUGAGUUCUGCCCGUCGGUGCUGGAGCUGGGACCUUGUCUGCCUGCGACCACUGACGUAGAGUCUGAGGUCAUCGUCAGAAACCCCUGCUCGUUUCCCAUUGAGUUCUACUCUCUGGACUUCGACACACAGUAUCUGGAGGAAGAGAAGAUCCUGCGUCUGAUGCAAGGUUACGAAGAGAACAACACAUUGCUGCUGCCGCCCAGAGUCCCUGGAGAAAGUCUUCCCAGAGAACUGCUCGACUACUACAAGGAGCAUUGCUCCCAGCUGAAAGAAGAUGAGAUGCCCACGGAGGCAAGUGGUGGGAAAGUGGGAGAGCUAGAAAUGAACCCCGUCUCCAGAGCGAUCGCCCGCCACAAGUGUGAUGACAUGUCACCGGAGGGUCUGGCUGCACGCGACUGCAGAGGCAUUGCGAUUAUUGUGUAUGGAGCUCCACAGACAGGUGGGAGCAACACAGCGGCUGCUCUGGCUCAUCACUAUGGAGCUGCAUGUGUCAGUGUUGAUGCAGUGGUUACAGAUGUGCUGACUCAUGGCACUUCACCUGUUAGCUUGAUGGCAAGACAAGUCCAUGACAGCGCUGCUGCCGAGUACGCUAGGAAAGAGGCUGCUCAGAUAACAGAUGGAACCCAAGAACCAGGACCUGGAGAACAUCAUGAAGACUCAGACCCGGGUCAAGACUCAGCUCCAGCUUCACUGCAACUUGUUCCAAAAGCAAAUGAGGAAGGCUGCAGUGGAAACGGCAGCAAGAAACCUCAGGAGACUGAAAAACCAUACGAUUCCCUUUGCCUGGGAGGAGAUGUGACCACACUCAGGAGUCUCUUACCUGAUCAUCUACUGGUUGAUAUCCUGGUGGAGAGACUUCAGUCAAAAGACUGUCACCGCGGGGUCGUGAUCGACGACCUGAAUUCUGUGUACUGUCAAUCUGCGGCGAGCACGCUGCCAGUCGUCCUCAAGGCCCUGAAAAACAGCAAACACAUCUACGUGGUCAAUUUGUUUGACUCCUUUGAUGCCAGGACGGCACGGGACAGAGCGCAGAGAGAAGCUGAAGAGGCUCUGCAGAAGGAGACAGCGGAGAGGGAGGAGCAGUGGUUGCUGGAGCUGGAUGAGGAGGAGUAUGACGCUCUGCCAGAGGAGCAGAAAGAAUUUCUUAGACAGCAACAUAAAGAGAAAGUCCAACAGCAGACACUCAGGGAGUUUGAGCAAAUUGCGAAAGAGGAGGAAGAAAAGAUGCAGCAGGAGGAGCUGCACAGGCUGAGAGAAGAAGAGUUGAAGAAGAAGGGUAAAAAGGGUGGAAAGAAAGAUACUAAAGAAAGUUCGAGGAGGAAGAGCGUGCUGGAAGGAAAGCAGUCCAUGGAUUCAUCGAAUAAACGGAGCUUACCCACCUCCAACAACUCUAAAGAAUCCCUAGUGGACACAAAAGAGCAGCAACAUAAAUUAAAUGAAGGUUCUCAAAACAAAGAGGCCGAUGAGUCACAAAAGCAGACGGAAGAAAACAAACAGUUACACGCAGAUCAAACCACGGAUAAGACGGAGAGAGAAGAGACUGUGGAAACUGCAGAGAUGAAGACGCUGAGAGAAGAAAAAGAUGUGACGAAAAGCAAAAAGAGUGGAGACAGAGAUAUCAAAGAAGGGUCAGGGAGGAAGGGUCCACCUGGUGGAAAGGAGUCGACAGCUGCACAGGAUGCCUCUAAAGAAUCCCCCUAUCAAGGCAAAGAGGGGGACCAAUCACCCAAGAAGACAGAAGAAGCCAAGGGAUUACCUGGAGAGACGCUUCAGCCUGGGGACGAGCUGGAGGGAGAAGUGUCUGUGGUGUCUGAGCUGCAGUCUCAGUUCAUUGCGUAUGAGCAGAGUCGAGUGCAGGUGGAGCACAUCCUGAAGCACUGGGACCAGGCCCGGGGCUUGUUGCUGGUCUCGCUCAUCCGUGAACCUCUACCAGUGCCAGAGGAUCCGCCGGCUGACAAACAGAGUCCUUUUGGCAAAAGGAGCAAGAAAGCCGGCAGCAAGACGAUGUCUCCGCUGCCUACGACGGCAGAAGCAGACAAGGAAGGAGACAAGUUGCCUCAUCCGGUCAUCAUCCCUCACAUUGUGCUCAACGUAACGGAGAAAGACCAUCCCAGUGCCACAGAGCUGCUCAGAGGCAGCAGCCUGCCUCCACUGGAUGAGGUGUUGGAUAAUAUGGGGGUGGGACCCAGCGGCCCACCCAUCUCGCCUCCCGUCACCUUCUCGGUUGUUCCUUUCCCCGAAAACAGGGAGCAAACAAACGGUCCACUCACCUGUGAGCAUUUCACCUUCCUGCUUCCUUCAAUGCCGGACAAACAUGGUGAAGAGACCAGAGAGUCAGAGGAGGAUUCUAUAAAGGAAGAGGCAGCUGUAUCUAAAAUUCGCCGCAAGGGCAGCGGUAAGGAGAUCGCAGUACCAAAGGAGAAGGAUAAAAAAAGCAGAGAGAGUCAGAGGAGCAAGAGCCGAACUACAACCAAGAAAAAACCACCGACCCGCUCGCCUACGCUCAAUACCACAACGGCUGAGGGCAGUGAACCAGACCAUCACCAAGAAAUCUUAGAGCUGAAACGCAGUCAGAGCCUGACAACGUUUCGCUGGGUCGUACCAGCCAACGGGGAAGUGCUUCUGAAGAUCUGGUUCUACUCCGAGUCCCUGGGGAGGUUUGAGCAGACCUUUAACUUUGAGCUCCUGGGAUCCCAGAGACACUACCAGCUCCCCUGCAGAGGAAUUGGCAUGUUUCCCUCCAUCUGCACAGACUACACGACUCUGUUUGCUCUCAGUAAUAAGGUGCCACAAAUGGAAGAAGGCGUCCAGAAGAGCUAUGUUGUCAAACCUGGAUAUUUUGAGUUUGGGCCACUGCUUUGUAGCAAGACUAGAGACAGAUACAAGGAAAACAGGUACCCAGAGAACACGGAGAAGUUGGUGAUUCAUAACAACUCAGGUCUGGAGGUUGAGGUCGAGUUCCAGUUCCAACAAGACAAACAUGCCAGUACGUUUCUGCUGGACCCUCCAACCAUGACUCUCCAACCAGACCAGACGCAGGAGUUGACAGUGUGGGCCUACCCGACGAAGGUGGCACAGAUGAAUGACAGCGUCAUCUGCUGUAUGAAGGACAAUCCAGAGCCUUUCAUCAUCAACUUCUCGUGUCGCGGCGUCCGACCAGAGCUGGAGCUGGAGAGCAGACAUAUGCACUUUGACAGAGUUCUGCUGCACAGGCGAAUCAGCCGUAACGUGACACUACGUAAUAAGACAUGUCUGCCUGUAUCCUGGAGACUGCAGGGUGUGGAGGAGUUGGGGGAUGAGUUCAGUGUGCCACAGGAUCAGGGCAUCAUCUCAGCCAACUCCUCUUUCCCCCUGAGCUUACACUUCAGGGCCAAGAAGCCACUGCACAUCAAGAAGACCUUGCGUUUGGAGGUGUCGGACGUUGAGAAGGUUGUCGGCAUCUUACACACUGAAAACAUACUGAUCACAGCUGAAGCCUAUGAUGUAGCUCUGGACAUCUCACCAGAUGGAUGUCUAGACUAUGGAAUCGUUCGAGCCUUUGAAGAGAAUAAACUCCCUCUUAAGAUGAAAAACCAAGGAAAAUAUGAGAUCUCUUACAGGUUCAUGUUUCAGCAGACGGAACCGAACCAGCCAGCCCUAGACUCCAUUUUCACCGCGUCCCCCCAGUGUGGCAGUCUGAUGCCCCACGAGAAGGCCACAGCAGUUCAGAUCCUCCUCAAACCCAAAAGUGAACUCCAACUCAGAGAUCAACCUAUCCUGUCUUGCCAGUUGAUUGAACCCACCAGUGGGAAUGGAGGCGAAACCAUAGCAUUCUUGACCAUCAAGGUUUCAUUCCAGUCUGUCUUCUCCAGGUACAAGAUCACACCCGUGUGCGACAUCAACUUCGGUCCACUGGCCUACGGCUGCAAGAAAACCCUGAGCUUUACUAUCGAGAACAACGGAAUCUUUGAUACCCGUUACAGCAUCUGCCGUUCGGGCGCAGUCUCUUCUCUAACAGGGAGGCCGGGGGUCCCAGAGAAGAAGGAGAACGUUACAGGGAGGCCCAAAGUGAGAAACGAGUCCUCCCAGAAAGACAUGACAUCUGUGCAGAAUCGCCUCACGUUGGGGGUCUUCUCGGUGUCUCCCUGCGUAGGGAUCCUGCAGCCAGAGUCUCACCAGGUGGUGUCGGUGGAUUGUGCAGCUGACCAGCUGGGCAACUGGAACCAGGGUUUGCUCAUUGACGUCAGUGACCGUGACCCCUCAGACCAGCCUGAGGGCAUUCCAUACAGACUGCUGGCUAAAGUCUGCAAGCCCGACAUAGCGUUAGACAUGGCCUCCAUCUUUGAAGAGCAUCACCUGUGUCCCAACAGCAGACAGCUCUCCUCCGAGCAGUUUAACGAGGCUAAAGGGAUUUACGUCCUGGAUGAGAACAAGUUCAUCUUCAACAAAGUCCUGGUCAGGGGAACUGUUCAGGCUCGCUUCAAGCUCACCAACAGCAGCAAGGUGCCCUGCGUGCUCAGCCUGUCCAUCAAAUAUGGUGGUGGCAAGUCGUCCCGUCAGGUGGAGGCUUUCGAUUUGCCUGCUACAACACUGAACAUCCCCAGCCAGUCGCACGCAUUCGCUGUGGUCACCUUCACGCCACAGUCAAUGCAGCUGUACAGUGCUGCGUUCGAGGCCACAGUGGAGGGAACCAGCAGAACGACACCCACAUUCAAGACCAAGGUGCUGGAGUUUGACCUGGUGGGGGAGGGCAAUCUGCCCAGUGUGUGUGUGCUGCGUCCAGCUCUGAGGACCAGCGAAGGAAGCCCAGUGUUAGAGUUCAGACGGGAAUUAGUCGGGAGAAGAAACACUCUGCCCCUGGUGCUGCUGAAUGAUGGAACUGUUGCAGCUCAGGUUCAGGUUGACAUGCUGGAUAAACAUGGUGUGUUCAGCUUCAACGCUGCUCCAGGCAACACCUGCAGCUCCAUCCACUUCACACAGCUGGAGGGCUGCACGGACUCAGAGAAUCACCUGGUGCACAGAGCCGCUCUCAAGCUGAAUGUUAAUGAACAGGUGGAGAUAAUGGUCGGUUUUUGCUCUGAUGAGCCCUUGAGUGUCAAGGCCAAGUUGACACUGCAGGUGGAGGACAACCAGUGCAGCAAUACCAUUAUACAAGUGACCGGAGAGACUUACGAGCAAAUCGUCUCUCUCGACAACAUCAACUGGUCAUCACAGGAAAUGGACCAGGACGAUGAGAGAGAUAGUUAUGAGAAACUGAAUUUUGGUGACUGCCAUGUAGACUGUCACUACCAAGAGAGUUUCACCAUGAGGAACCACAGCAGCAGCCAGGCGGUGAGGUUUGAGUGGCCUCCUACUGGACCUCAGGUCGUCUUUACCCCACAGGUGGGACACCUUCAUGCUGGUUGUUCUAAAGAGGUGACCGCCACCUUUAGCUCCCACCAGCCAGUGACCCUGAAAAGCAAGCUAAUCAGAUGUAAGGUUUGCCAGGUGGAGUUCGAGCAGCCAGUGGACCAGGUGGCCGACUGGGACGACCGACAGAGGACAGGCCAGUGGCUGAGUGGCUCAAAAGAGGAGGCUGCUACACAAUCAGAGCAACCUGGGAAGAAUCAGGUGACGAACACAGAACCUGAGCCCUGCUGCUCCGUGGUGGAGGGCUCGCAGUGGGAGUUGGAUUUGCUGCUCAGCGCAGUUUGUGACUAUGUGAUGUUCACCUGCAACGACACCAGCAUCCACUUCGAGGACACCAUGCUCUACCAAAGCAGACGCCACCAGCUGCAGUUGGAGAAUCAGGGUGAUGUCAAACUGGAAUACUCCUGGCAGGUUGUCAUGGAUCUGAUCAGCAACACGGGCAACGACCAAGAAGUUAAAUGUGCGAUUGUGUCGUCAGCAGCAGCGUCGGCUGAAGCCCGUCCCCACAGCGCUGUGUCCAGUGAGACGUCUCUUCUGAAGGAGAGCCCUGAGCUGCCUCCCUUCAGUGUGGAGCCCAGCAUCGGGUUCAUAGGUCCUGGCUCCACGCAGAACUUCAGCGUUUGCUUCUCACCUCUGGAGGUCGACCAGUUUCAGGGCAGGCUGCUCUGCAGUAUUCCCAACCUGCAGGAGGAGGAUCAGGCUCCCUGUAUCCCAGUGUGCGGCCGCAGUCUACAGCCCCACUGCCACUUUGACCUUGAGGACUCGGACUACGUCACUGGGAACCACCGCAACCCUGAGUUCAGGGACUCUCUGGACCCCGACAUCAGGAUCCUAGAGUUCAACGCCGUCGGCCUCUCUGUGCCAUCAACACGGUCUUUUGCGCUGUUGAACCCAACCGACAAACUUUACUCAUACAAUUGGAAGUGUGAGGACGCAGGUGGCAGCUUGUUUCGCUGUCUCACCCCGUGUGGCAUCGUCCAGCCUGGGAAGCACGUGGAGAUGUUGUUUGAAUAUGUAGCCGUGCAGCUGGAUGUGGUGGAGUCUUUCUGGAGCUUUGUGAUUGAGACUCUGCCGCUGACACUUCCCUUCCUGUUUGUGGGCAACGCCAGAGAACCGCUCGUGUAUCUCAGCAGACCUCUCAUCGACCUGGGAGAACUACUUGUCGGUCACAAAGUGGAGCAGACAGUUGAUCUGGUGAAUGGAGACGAGGAGCCUUUUCACUUCUCGGUCCAGCAGUCAUCUCUGCUCUGUGAAGACCAGCAGUCCAACAUCAUCGUGCAGCCCAUGAGUGGCACAGUGGCACCUAAAGACAGGUUGCCGUUGACUUUGUUCCUCACACCUUGCCGGGAGGGCUAUCUGAGCUGUAGAUUGACUCUGAAGGUGAAGAAGAGGUCAGAGCUGCUCACACUCACCGUGAAGGCCGACUGCUUCACCAUGAGCACUUUGGUUCAAGUUGUGAAUCCAGACGGGGGCCUCAGAGAGAUCGACUCCACCCACCAAGUCACUCUGGACUUUGGAGAGGUUGACGUUUCAAAGCAACCCACCAUUCAUUUGCUGGUGACCAACCUGGCGAGAUUCAGCCUGGAUGUGAGUUUCGACCUAACGGGUCCCAGUGAGCUGCUGAAAUACUUGGAGGCAAAACCACAAAAUGCUUCUGUUGAGAGUGGAAAACAGAUGCAGUUGUCGCUCUUGUUCUUUCCCCGAGGAAACUGCUACCUUCAGGAUGUCAGCCUGAGUAUAAAGGUAAAACACGGGCCGACAUUUACCUUUGUGGUAAUAGGCAGGGCUGUAGCACCGAGCCUGGAUUUCUCCUUCACCGAAUUCAAUUUUGGCAAGUGCUUCCUGUACUGUCCUGACAUGGUGCUGCCAUCCAAGACUCUGGUGAUCAGCAACAAAGGCGACCUAGACAUCAGUGUCCAGAGCCAGUUCAAGAACACCUCUUACCUGGAGAUGGACUUCCAGUCCAUUGUUUUGUUACCUGGUGCUGUGAUGGAGGUACCAGUCACCUUCUAUCCCCGAGAGGCGCGUCGAUACCACGAGAGGCUCAGCUUCGUCUUAAACGGCUGCGUUACGAAACAGGUGGACAUAGACGGACAAGGGGUCGAGAUGAAGCUGCAUUUGGAGGAUCCGAAGCACAAAGAGGUGAAACUGGGAUCUUUGAUGUUGGGUCAGAAGGUGAAAAAACAGGUGGUUCUGGUGAAUCGCAGCCGUACAGAGCUUUCCUUCACUCUGCUGCUCCACUCAGACACACCUCUGGACCCAAAGGAUCUGUCGUUCAGUCCAGCAGGGAAGCUGAGCCUGAAGGCUCGUGGUGGAUCUUGUAAGGUUGAGAUCCAGUUCUCUCCUCGUCAGCACAUCCCUCUCUUCAGAGCUGAGCUGCAGGCGGAGCUUUCAGGCCUGUUACACCCUCUGCUGACCAUCCAAGGCUGCUGUCACGGUGUGGAGGUCCGGCUGGAUCAGGACCACCUGGCCUUUGGACCUGUCGCUCAGCGGUGCCAGGCGACGAAGAGGAUUGUUAUGACAAACACCGGAGACAUUGGUGUGAGGUUCCACUGGGAGCAGAGGAGCUUCCCUGCAGAGUUGUCCAUCUCGCCGGCUAAAGGCUCCAUCAGUCCGGGCAUGAAGGUUCCUUUUGAUUUGACUUUUGCCCCCAAGGACCUGAGCAAGGACACGAGAUACGAGAACCUGACUUGCUCCGUCGAGAGCCGCCCCUCGCCCGUCACCCUCACCGUGACAGGCUCCUGCAUUGCGGCUUCCACUAGCAAAGAGGUGGUGAAUUUUGUUUGCCCAGUACGUUGCUCUCACCCUCAAACCCUGACGCUGGUAAACCCCACAAACCAGCGCUGCACCGUCCGACCUGUCAUCGAAGGGAAGCAUUGGAGAGCGGCGCCCUCUGUGACCCUGGAAGCUCUGCAGAGCAAAACGUAUGAGAUCACCUACAGACCGCUGACCAUGACUGCUGAAGGAAAGAAACACCUGGGGUCCGUCUUCUUCUCCUUCCCUGAUGGGACAGGCGUGAUGUACACGCUGCAGGGAACCGCUGAGCCUCCCAAGCCAGAGGACACUGUUGCGUAUGAGCUUCCUGCCAAGACUCAACACACACAGUCGCUCCCUGUGCACAACUGGCUCUCGGAGAAACAGAGGUUCAAUGUGCAGAUAAAGAUACUGAAGCCUGAAAAACCAGAUGCCACCAUGUCUCUGGAGGGUCCAAAGUUCAUCAAUGUUCCUGCUCUGACCAAGGCCGACUACAAGAUGACUUUCUCCACAUACAGAGAGGGGCAGUACAACUACAAGGUGACAUUUCUUAACGAGGGAACAGGCGAGUACAUGUUCUACCUCGUAAGCUUCAAGGCCACUUGUCCAGAAGUCUUGUCCACCAUCAAGCUGGUGAGCAUUGUCCGCCGGACGGCCUCAGCCACUGUACAGGUGGAGAACCCCCUGACCACAUCCACCUGCCUCACCACCGAGUGCAAAUGCGCCGACAUCAGUGCCCCACCUCAGCAGACUGUGCCCGGACAGUCCAAGGGUUCUCUGAGCUUCGAGUACCAGCCUCUGCGUGCAGGAGAAUCCACGACCCGGCUCACUCUGUUCAGCACCGAUCUGGGCCUGUUCCCCUACGACCUGCUGCUCCGAGCUCUGCCUGCACCGCUGGAGAAACCCGUCCACUUCAACACGUCACUGGGCAGCAGCCACUUUGUGCUCGUGAAGUUCAUCAACUACUCCCGCUUCAAAACAGAAUACACGUGCAAGACUGAUUGCCCGGACUUCACCGUGGACAAAAGCCUCGGUGCUUCACCGGGCUUCCAGGCCGGCUGCGAGGCCAGCGUGGAGGUUUGUUUCGAGCCUCAUCAGCUGGGGGAAGUGAAGGGACAGCUCACCCUGACCUCAGCCAUCGGUGGUGAAUACAUCUUUCCCUUACUUGGGAUCUGCACCCAUCCCAAAGCCCAGGGCCCGUUCAGCAUCAGGGCCGGUCGCAACAUCACCAUCCAAUUCAAGAACGUCUUCGCGCAGAGCAUCGCUUUAUCUUAUCAGGUGGACAACCCCAGCUUUACUGUGAAAGGAACCGACACCAUCCCCUCCAAAAAGUUACAAAACAUCGUGGUGUCAUUUGAGGCCCCUGCAGGAGGCCCCCCGGGGCCCUGGUCAGGCAAGCUGACCAUCUCCAGCCAGCGCGAUCAGGGCCACAGCACGCCUUGCUCAUGGGUCUACUACCUGAGGGGCUACCGUCCAGAUACAGCUUAGAGAGAGAUUCACGUGCACUCAAACAAACACAUGCCAAAGGACUUUAUUGCGUUGUUACGGUUCAAGCCUGAGUUCUUUAGUUAAUGUUUUAUUUAAUAUGAAUGCCAAAUAUACUGAAUAAAACAUUCU